AUUGAACCUUGCCGCAUGCAUCUGAAUUAAUGUUUUUCUUUUGACAAAGGUUUCACUAGAUCAAUCUUUUCAGUAUGAUUAUAUCUGUAUUCUCUCCACUUUAGUGAACUACUUCUGGGCAAACACUGUGGAGAAAAUAGUUGUUGUCAAUGCACUACCAAAUGCAGUGUUGAUUGUAUCUCAGAUCAUGUGGCGACUGGUAAUGCUUACAGAGGAAUGUAAGCAUGUUAAAAAAGUAUGUUCUGGGAGUUACUGGCGACUCCUUGAAAGAACUCUAUCGUUCAAUCGAAUCUCAACACUCUCUGCAUUUGCAACUUUUGUGAUUGUCAUUACAGCCAGACCAAAUCUGAGUAAGAUGUGGAUAGAACUUGGUCCUAUACCACUCUGUUUGUCUUUCAGCUCUUACUACAUUUUGCAUUGUGUUAUGGGAUCUGAAGCGUGCCCCACCUGGGAAAGUCAAAUAAUGAGACAACUGAAUGGCCUUGACCAUGGAUCAGCACUGGCUCACUCUUUUUAUAAUGGCUACUUGCGGAUCAUACUUCCAGCACGAGGAGACUACGCCAAAGGUCUAGCUCAGAGAAUAAAGGACUACAUGAAAGAAGCAAAAAUCAAUGAAGAUGAUUUUCCCGUUCAAAAACUAAUAGUUCUUAUUCCAAGCUCUGGUAAUGUUUUUCCAUUACUGAGUGAUGAGCCUUCUCAAGCUUGUGCAGAUCCACCAGUUCAAUAUGCAGAGGGAUUGCAGGAUCAAUUGAGGUCUCGCGCUGGGAUAAAGGAGAGAGUGUAUCGUGGUGCCGCGUACCGGAUUAAAGUAAGAAGAAAUGGUAAAAUAUCAUUUUUAUAUACCAUAGCUGAAGGAGCAACAACAGUGCUCACAUUACGUGAAUCUUGCUUAACCGGGACUCCUGAAGCCGAACAUCUACGAAAGCAUAAGGCAGAUAUUGUUGCCAAUUUUUAUCGUGCUUUGCAGAAGCUAAUUGACGCUGAUAGGGAAAUAAAACACUUGGUGGAUUUGUUGUAUUAUGAUGAUGAGGAUCCGACUCAACCUGAUGUUCUUUCUCUCCUGACUGACCAUUUACUGCAAGCCUCUUACAAGAAAUAUAAGAACUAUUGAUUAUUCUUGGAAACUGAAACAUUUGGGGGAUAUUUCUGGAUGAAAAUUGGAAUUUUACUUUUUUACUUGGGAUUUUACUUUUCAAUUGAGAUUUUGUAGUAACAAUUAAUUUUUAAAUAACUCUUAAGGAGAAAACAAACUUCACAGGGUGGCCGUGCGGGCAACGAGAUCCGUGGGUAACCAAGCAUCUAUAAACAUAGUUCACAUCGAACGUUCGGUAAUCCGAAGACUUCUUUUUAAUACCACUCCAUGACUCCCUAGAACGUCGAUAAUAAAAUCAAUGUUUCAUACAGUU